AUGAGUCGCUCAAACUGGCCCUUGAAUUUCACUUAUGUGGAAGUUCAUGUUGAAGUAGCACUUAGGAAUCAAGUAUUUUUCAUCGAUAAUUCAAUAGGCUUUGAUUUUGGAAUUAGAAAGCCAUUGGUUGAUUUAUGCCCCUCGAAUUCAAAUACUUUGAAAACUACAACCUAUCGCACGUUAAAAAGUGCAUCCACGUCGUCUUUUCUCCCAAGUUCAACUCGUAAAGGAAGUUUAGGAUCAAAUGCCACGAGAACGCCAGGAAGCAACACUUCCACGGAAUCUUGCGUAAUACUUGCAGUAACAUCCGGACGUGGCGAAGCAAGAGGAGAAAUCGGAAUAGCUGCAAUAGAUAUUCAUCAUUCACAUUUAAUUCUUUGUCAAAUGAGCGAUUAUCAGACAUAUAUUAAUACCUUAACAAAAAUUUAUAUAUUUAAUCCAGUGGAAAUUCUCAUGCCCGACACUAUGUGCAAUGAAAGAAGAAACAGGAAUAAACUGUAUUGUUCUAUUAAAGACAAGUUUCCUAAUCUAUGCAUCACUCCGGUAUCAAGAAUUCAUUUUAAUGAAUUUAUCGGAUUGGAACGUGUAAAAACUCAUUGUGCGAAAGAAUAUUCGACGGUGGAAUUAUUUUUGAAACAAAAAUAUUAUGCAUUAGCAUCAGUAUCAGCUUUAUUGAAAUACAUCGAAUUUAUUCAACAUAUCGUUUACGCACCAAAAUCGAUCAGAAUUGAGUUUCAAGGCUCACCCAAUACUACUAUUAUAGACAUAGAAAGUGCACAGAGUUUAGAAUUAGUUGUGUCUCAAUGUGGUCAACCAAAUGCUAGCCUCUUGAGUUCUAUGGAUCAUUGCGUUACACCAAUGGGUAGAAGACUUUUAAGAGCAUCUAUUUUACAACCUCUUUGUGAUGAGAAAAUGAUAAUAGAACGUCAAAGUAGCAUUACUGAGUUAGUGUCGAAUCGCUCAUUAUGCAAUCUCGUUCAGCCUUUUAUAAGAAGAUUAUAUGGCGCGGAUCGUCUUUUGAGUCUCUCUAUGAUGACUUCACAACACAAUACUGUACAAAAUGCAGAGAGAAAUUUAAAUUAUGUGCUUCUCUUAAAAAAUUCCCUUGAUAUUGUGCCAGAAUUGCGAGAAGCACUUGAAAGUGCUCGAGCUCUAUUUUUUACUAAAGUUCGAAAAAAUUUAGAGAAUUCACAAUUCGAAAUAAUGAAAAAUAAAAUUCUAGAAAUAAUACAUCCUGAUGCAAGAUCUCUAGUAGGAUAUACAUCAUCGAACAUGCAACGAUGUUUUGCUAUUAAACCAGGCAUUAGUGAUUUAUUGGAUAUUGCUCGACAAACAUAUUGCGAACUUAUAAGUGAUAUGAAAACUCUGGUGGAAAACUUAGCGAUACAAUAUAAAAUGAAUUUAUCACUGGAAUGCAACUCAUCUUUAGGAUUUUAUAUUUUAGCAGAAAUAUCUCGACAUUCGGAUUUCCGACCCUCCGAUUUAUCAUCGGAAUUCGUUCAAGUACAAAAAAAUAAAAACACCUAUUCUAUGACAACAAACAAAUUAUUAGUAUUAAGUCAUCAAUGUAAAAUUGCUUGCGAAGAUCUUCAUAUAAUGAGCAACACAAUUUUAAAUGAUUUGCUUGUAAACAUUCGCGAUCACAUCGGCUGUCUUUAUCAACUAAGUGCUGAUGUUGCAGAAUUAGAUUUAAUAAUCUCUUUAGCUCAUAUCAGUUCAUCUCCUGAAUAUGUACAACCAAUUUUUGGACCAAGAUUAGAACUUAUAGAUUCAUUACAUCCUAUAAUGGGAAUAUUCGGAACAGAACGACCUGUACCUAAUGACGUGAGAGCAUCGAUACCUUACAAUCAUCAUACCAUAAUUGGACCUAACAUGAGUGGUAAAUCAAUUUACUUGAAACAAAUAGUUUUAUUACAUAUUAUGGCACAGAUUGGUUGCUACGUUCCAGCAAGAAGAGCGGAAUUUAGAAUUACCGAUCGUAUAUUUUGUAGGAUAUGUUUUCGCGAUGACAUAGAAUGUAAUGCUUCCACAUUUGUUGUUGAGAUGAAAGAAGCCCAAUACAUUCUACAAUCAAUUACAUCUAAAUCAUUAGUUAUCUUAGAUGAGCUUUGUAGAGGUACCACCGUUGAAGAAGGUUCAUCUAUUACGUGGGCAAUAUGCGAAAAACUAUUAAUUACCACCGCGUUUACUUUCAGUGCGACGCAUUUUCGUUAUCUCACCAAAUUAGCUGAAAUAUAUUAUAAUGUUACGAAUCAUUGUUUCAAGACUGAAACUAAAUACAUAGAAGGUUUAGACGAAGCUCGAUUAAUAUAUACACAUAAAUUAAUGGUAGGUGUAACUCCUACAGAUAAUUAUGGUAUUGCAUUAGCCGAAGUAUCAGGUCUUCCAGUUUCUAUCACUACCAAAGCUCGAGAAUACGUAAAAAAAGAAGUUACAAUAAUAAAAAGAGAUGAUUAUUUUAUGGAACCAAAUUCAUGGGAGAAGACAUGUUAUGAUCGUGUUGCAGAAAUGUAUAAACUCAUAGAAAAUAACGAAUUCAAUCGUAAAACUAUCGUCGGUCUUAUACAUGAACUUGAUGUUUGUAACACAGACGAAUUUAAAAAAAUGCAACAAGAAGACAAAGAUUUGUGCAAAGCUUUGGAAACUUUUGAAUCAGUUCAAAUGUCUAAUUUAAAUUGGCACAAUAUAGAGCUCUCCCCUACAAAUCGAGAAAAUGAUAUAACAAUUUAUUUCGACGUUAAUACAAAUGUUAUGAUGAAAACAAAUCUGACAAAAGAUACAAAUAUAAUACAGAAUUCAAAUAAACAAUUUAGAGGUAUUACUGAUGAAAAUCAAAAAGAAAUAUUAGGAGAACAAUCUUGGUUCAGAAAAGAUAUUGACUUAAAUACAAUUAAACAAAAUCCGAGCUAUGUUACAUGUUCGACACAUACGUCUCCUUUUAAAAUAAAUGAAGCGGGUCGCAAGUUAACAACUUUGAUAAAUACAACUUCUAAACUAUUGUAUAAUUCGGAUGAAUCACCGAAAAACCAAACAGAUUCAAGCACUUCUAAAAGAAUAUCCUCCUCUUUACAAUUUGAAAAAUCGAAUAACGUCGAUAAGAAAAAUUCCUUAUCCAGUCAAACUAUAUCAACGAUGUCCCCAUUAAUUUCUUUCAGAUGUUCACAAGUUUCUCAACUUCAUAAAUAUUCUUUAAUGGAAUCAGAUUUUGAUCCUUCUUUGUCAAGAGCGUCUACCUUGACAGAUAUAGCAGAGAUUAAUACUUGUAAAGAACAAAUAAACAUUUUUAAGAAUACUGAAAGUAACAAAUUUGAAAAAUUAGAAUUUUCCUAAUAAAAUAAA